AUGACACUUUACUCCGCACGACUCCAUGUAGACACCGCGACUCAAGACACCAUGACUCCACGACAUUACGACUUGACGACACCAUGGACUCCACGACACCACGACUCACGACACCAUGACACGCGACUCCACGACAACACGACUCCACGACACCGUGGCUCCACGACAACACGACUCCACGACUCCAUGACAACACGACUCCACGACAUCAUGACUCCACGACACCAUGACUCCACGACAACACGACUCCACGACAACACGACUCCACGACACCAUGACUCGACUCCACGACAACACGACCCACGACACCAUGACUCCACGACAACAUGCCGACAACACGACUCCAGACACCAUGCUCACGACACCAUGACCGACACCAUGCCACGACAACACGACCCACGACCAUGGCUACGAGACACGACUCCGACCUUGCCUCCACGAGCACGUAGAGACAUGUUCACGACCCAUGGCUCACGAGAACUUGACUCGUACGAGACAUGCCCACGACACCAUGCCUCCACGAGAAAGUUUUCCUACGACAACAUGACUCCACGAGCACGACUCCGAGAACAGUUUCCACGAUUACACGGCCACGAGAACACGACUCCACGAACCAUGACUUCUGCUCCAAGAGAACACGACUCCACGACAAUGUUACGACUCGGAGACACUACUCAUCUACAACACGACUCCACGAGUCUACGACAAGCGAAUCCAGACACCGAAUCCACGACUCACGAGAACACGACCUUACGAGAACACGACUCCAAGACACCAUGA